AUGUUACCCCCAACGCCAGAUCUCCCGAAUCCGACAUUUUCGGGGACGACUCGGAUCAAUAAUGUCGAUCUUUGGUAUGCCUUAUUUGGACCACCACUGGCAUGCGGGCGAACCCCGGUAGUUUUUCAGCAUGGCGGCAAGAUCAAUUCCAACUGGUGGGGCCUCCAGAUCAAACAUAUUGCUGGAGGGGGUCACCCUGUUAUUGCAAUCGAUACAAGAGCUCAUGGCCGCUCAAACGAUGACCCGGAGGUACCGCUCUCAUACGACUUAUUCGCAAACGAUACAGUGGCUCUUCUUGAAUAUCUCAAGGUGUCCAAGGCUGCGAUUGUUGGCUGGUCCGAUGGCGCCAAUACUGCUCUCUCCCUAGCGAUGCGCUAUGGCGAAAAAGUUGAUCGCGCAUUUAUCUUUGGUGCCAAUUAUCAGCCUGACCAAGCUAAUGUUACGGGCAUCCUGGGAAUGCCUUUCUUGGCUGAUUUGCAGAGCAGGAUGAGGAGCGAAUACGAGGCUUUGUCUCCACAUCCAGACAAGUUUGACGAAUUCAUGGGUAAAAUGACCACGAUGCAAGGCACACUUCCGGACUGGAAUGAUGAAUCUUUCGCCCAAAUUAAGACACUCUUUCAAGAUUCCGGUCACGCGCCUAUUAUAUGGAUUGCGGAUGGUGAUUCAGAGGAAGUGGUCCAGCGGCGAGUUGCGGGUGAAAUAAGAGAUAUGAUUUGGGGAUCUAGCCUCGUUGUAAUGCCACGUGUUGGACACUUUGGCCCUCUUCAGGACCCUGAUACGUUCAACGCCGUCCUCGACCAAUGGCUUGCAGAUUCUCGCCGCUAG